AUGCAGCGACCUGGAAGUCCGGUGAACCACUUUUCGACGGGCCAUCGACCCUCUGGACGACAUCAUGACAACCACAAGCCCAGCUAUCGACUCUUUCCGGCAGUCGAACCGACACCUCCAGCCUCACCACAGUCGAAUCAGAAGGACAGGUCGCAAAGAGCUGGGAAGAAGCGAUCCAUAUCGCUGGAUGAGAGCGCGAGGUGGCCCGCGGCCAGGCACAAUGCGCCAGACAGAUUGGCAUCAUUGAAUCUGGAUCUCGAUGCGCAGCUGGCAGAGCUCGACUUGAUGCCAAUUGCUCAAGAUUCGCCCAUGGACAGUCCGACGGUGCCAUUUGGAUACAACGGCUUUUCGAAGCCGUACGAUGAGGACCGUAGCCGAAGUAGCAGCGCGCCUGGAGAGUACAUUCGGGACAGUCAGACGCUUCCGACCAGAGCGGCGUGGACGGCCAAACAGAGCGGCCCCCAUCCAAUGGGGGGCCCGGCGGGACUGGGACUGUCGAUACCAGUCAGCAGACUAGCCGAUCGACCUUCUGUACGACCCUCUGCACGGCAAGGCCCACACAAGCCUAAGCCAGCAUUGACCAUCGACAUCGUCAAGCCGGAAGAUAGGCCGCCGCCUCCACCACCAAAGUCUCCACGCCAUGUGCGCGACGCUUCAGCGCAUUCGGGAGUAUCUUCCAUGCAUGGAGAGUCGCCUGCGUCUGGGACCGUCGCGACGCCUAGUAUCAUGCGAGCAGCUUUGGUGGACGCGCAAGGAAAUCCUAUACAACUGCCGCCCAUACUACACGCGAAGCAAGGAUCGUACUCCAGCAAUGGGAGCGAUCUACGUGUGCGUGAGAUUGUGCUCAAGAAGGAUCACAGUGGACAAGCAAAGCCUGCUCAGCCCGUGCAACAGCCGACUGCGAAGGGCACGAGCCAGGUCAAUCCCAAAGCUGCACCCCAGCCACCGGAGAAAACGCAGGACACGACAGCAGUUGACCCUCCAUGGCAACUCCCAAAACUCCCUUUCAUGGACCACGUUCGUAUGCACUCUGCUGAGGGUAGUGUCAGUCGGCCGACUGCGGGAGCUUCACCAUUGAGUUUGGACAAGGAUCAUGCCAGGACAAUGUCUGCCGAGACCAUCAUGGGCAGACCACCGAACACAGCCCAGAGACUAGCACGGCAGCCGCCGAAGGAUGCUUCCCAGAUUGGUAGUCUACCAAGGACUGUUGUUGGACGUGGUCCAGAACCCUCCAGACGGCCGCUGGAAAGACCACACGGCCCAGCUCAAGGCGCGCGACCUCCUUUCGAGGAGAAGAAUCGCCCGCUUGAGAAGUCUCGUGCUCCUGCAUCAGAAAAGAGCCGUCUGGAUGCAUUACAGGGUCGAACGCUGAACAAGGUCGAGAUCCCUGAUGUGGGACCAGGACGUCCGAGCGAGCCACUUCCUCCACCAAAGGAUAAGCCUCGAGGGCCUGAACCACGUACACCACACCCUGACGGUGCUACCGAGCAGGAGAAAUCAGGUGAUGCUACGCCGACCUCCGCCACUUCAAAAACACCAAAGAUGAACCUCCACAAACCCAUGCCAAGUCUUCCUCCAAAAGCAAGCCCCUUCCAAGACCACUACCGCGAGAUGAAAGACGGGGAGGAAUCUGAGAAAUCGGAACGACCACAGCUCAACCCAUCGCCACCUUCGCAGGGAAGCUUAGCAAGCACUGCUGCGCUUGGGAAUAUCUCUAGGAGUACGAGCCCGGUCCCUCCCCCAAAGGACCCAAUGCAACGGAAAGCAGGCCAUUCUACAACAGAAGUGGGCGCUGUGACAGUACAUCAUGGCGAAGCAAGUGGAGCUCCAAGGUCGCAGAGAAAUGUGAACGAGGGCUCUCAGAGGUCUGGUGAUCCGGCGGCGAUGCAUGCUCACAAGACGUCCCAUCAGCUAUCGUCGCUCGAUCGGCUGAGAAGGGCUCCGAGUCGAGACAUGCGAUCACCUACCCCCGACCUUGCUAGCCGAUCGCAGACUCCGCCGUUGACUGCGCGAGCAUUGGACAAAGCCUUACCGACCACCUUUGGAGACGACACUCCUUAUGCGCGUUCCACGACGCCGGACACCGCCACAAGGCUUGGGAAAACACCAGACCUGAAUCAGUUCGAGAUCGACCCAAUACAGACCCUUCAGACCAUCAACAAACAGGUUGAUGCGCUCCAUGCCAGAUACACCCAGCUUCGCUCAGACCGCCUCAGACUCUCUACUGCAAUUUCCGCCAAUUUGAAGGAUCACAAGCCUGGCCCUGACUAUGCUCAUACUCUGCUCGAUCAGCACCUCUCGAUCAAUGCCAUUAACAGCUCGAUGGACAUUUGCUUUGCGAAGUUGAAGUCACUCGACUGUCGCAAGGAGGAUGCAAUCGCAGUCUUGAUCGCUCAAGCGAAGGCCAAGAGCAUCUCAGAGGAUUCUACCCACGAUGAUAGCAAGAGUGUAGCUUCUGUGCAGUCGAAUGCUACUACAGGCCUCACCAUGCAAUCAGGACAAACAACGCCGGAUGUCCAGCCUAAGACACUUUCCCCCAGAUUCUACAACCCUUCGAAAGUGUCACCCUCGAUUGCUUCUACCACCAGUUCAGCAACAACCACGCCGGACCUAUGCAAAGGCGUCAGUGCCGUACCACCUCUCGAGAUCCGCAAAACGCAACCCACGACCCAAGCAGAGAAACGAACAACAGUCAUUCGGAACGAUUCUGAAGCGACGGGCGAGCAACAUUAUGCCUCCAAGAACUUGCCACCGCCUCCUAUGUCGCCGGUCUCCAUCAUCUCGUCCAUCGAGGAGGAGAAGAACAAGACGAAGAGAAUCCGCAUCAAGGGUGCGAAGGCAGCGAAACUGCUAGGCCUCGUGGCUGAGUCCAGAAACGGCAAGCCUGGCAGUCCUGACAUUACUCUACCAGAUCGAUCGUCUCUAGAACGAGCAGGCCGCCGCGACCACUUUGCCAUAGAGGUAGAGAUCCAGUCGAAAUUCUCUGACGCAAGAGCCGGCCAGCCUCCAGCAACAGCUCAGACUGCCACCGUUCCGAAGCGAAAGUCCCUCGCGUCUCCACGGCAGGGCACGAACGAUUCUAUUGACUCCACCGGCACGAGUUCAGUAAGCGAGUCCGCACCAGACGAACCUGAAGUCAAAACGCCGCGGACUUCACAAGACGCACCCUUUGGGCUGAAGAGCGCGAAGAGAGGCAUGCUGCAGACUAUUCAGGUCUUUGUGGACGAUGAUAUCUUGGACUAUUACAAAAGCACUGAACGAUGA